AUGGUUGUUUGGACCGCUUCAAUUGCUUUGGGAGCUGCAGCACAACUUGGAAAAGAUAGGUUCUUACCAUGGGCCAUGCAGGUAUUACAGGUCAUUAGUGCCAGAGUCUAUGUAUACAAUGAUCAAAUCCUCAUCAGGUAUACUUGUCAAUAUGCCAUCUCUAGUAUCGGUAAAAUCAUCCGAUACGUGCCACUGCACAAGGUCGCCAGCAAUUUAAGUGACAUCAUUCCCCAAUGGUUAAACCUGCUUCCCAUCAAUUUAAAUGUUGAUAAUGAAGAGAAUGACAUUGUCAUCUAUAAUCUCUGUUCCAUUAUCCGACUUUAUAUAAACGAAUGUUUUGGUCAAGAAUAUGAACAUGUUGACAAGAUACAUCAAAUCAUUGAAUAUUAUAUUACUAUCAAACCACAACAGAAACAAUUACUUUCACAAACCUUGACAUUUAUCAAAGAUAUAAUCAGAUCAAAUUGGCUUAAUAUGUCAGAACUUAAAUGGUAUCAACUAUCACAUACCUUAAAUAUACAAUCAUAA